AGUAUUUUCAUAGAGGGUAGAAAUGAAAAUUAGACUACAAAGUGGUAAGAAAACGCAUCGAUUCCCACCCUCCCUACAGUCUGCAGUUUUGUGGGUUUCUUUUUUUCUUUCCAAAUUUUGAAUUACUGGGGAAAAGAUCUAAACUUUGAUAUUCGUAUGUCAUUACUUCCUCAAGAUAGAUGUAGAACCAGAUUGAUUUGGUUUGUGGAGCUUGCAAAGAUUUGGAUUAAGUUUUGAUGUUUCUGUCACUGAGCUUUGGCUCUUCCCAGUAGUCUAGAAUAUGGUUUCGAUGGGUAUCAGGUGCUACCAGAUCAGCUUGGUUGCAUAUCUUUCACUGUUUCAUUGCAUCCGUGUCUUAUGUCAGAGCAAGGGUACUACUAGAAGUAGAGUUGAUGACAAACAGAUGCAUGCAUUUGACUUACUGGCCUCUGUAGCUGGAAAUUUUUCGUUCAAGAGGGACCCACCAACAUCUUUUGAUUAGAAAGCCAUUGAAAUGGAAAAUCCUGUUCACGAAGUUGGCUUUGAUAGUCACAUCAAGUCAUGUGGUCGCAGUUUAGAUGGUGGAUAUGAGACUAUGGUUGAAGAUAAGUCUGAGAAGGUGAUGAGUGGUGUUGAUAUUGCGGCGAGCAGGUCUCUAGAUCCGGUAGUAUGUGGCUGGAAUCCACAAAUGUGGAUUGGUUCAGAAAAGGGUUUCAAGGUUCCCCCAUGCAAGGACCACGGUCCUCAGCAUCCUUGCCCCACAAGCCAAGAGGUAGUUGUAAGAGAUGAUGACAACAACUCCUUUGGGUGCAUUUACCCAACUACCUCAAGAAAUUCCUUCAGGACAUCUCCUUGUAAUAAAGGCCACAGAAUAAGAAAAAUAUUGGCUUCAAAGAACAGGAAGGUUGCUGCAAAUUAUGGAGCUAAGAAGAAACCUAAAGCAGGUGGGUAUAAAAGGAAAUUUAAUUUCAAUAAGAGAAACCCCUACAAGAACCAAAGAUCUCAAAUGAAUAUCCCUUUCAAAAAGAGGAAACUCUUUGAUGGUUGUUUGUCUGAUUGCAAUGGCAGACGAAUGGUUGAUAGAAUUUCUGAUUCAAAUGCAAGUGCAAGGGAAUCUUCUGCCCAUGGGAAAUCAUCUUUGGUUGCAGGAAAUCAGGGGGAUUCUCGUGUGAAACUGAGGAUAAAAUCUUUCAGGGUACCUGAACUUUUCAUUGAGAUUCCUGAAACCGCAACCGUCAGUUCACUGAAGAGGACGGUAAUGGAGGCAGUGGGCACUAUUAUUGGUCAUGGUAUACAUGUUGGCGUAAUCUUACGGGGGAAGAAGGUCAGGGAUGAUAAUAAAACCUUAAUUCAGACUGGAAUUUCUUGUGAUAACCAGGAUGGGUGCCUGGGAUUUACACUAGAGCCUCACUCUUCACAAACCUGUUCAUCUUUCUGCCAUGGACAGCCUCCCUCUUCGCUUCCUUGUAGUAGUACUCUUGAGACUAUAAAUGGAUGCCCUCCCAAACCAACUGUGAAUUAUUCAGGCAAUAAUUCUACAUUAUUGCUUGAGACUCAUGCAGCCAAGGCGAGUAAUUCAACAGAGAGUGUUCGUGAGCCGGUGCCCUUUCUUGCUGAUACCCGAGUUGAGGAAAGAUCAUCAGAUUCUAAAUCACUAGUGACUGUACCAGCCAUGGCUGUGGACGCCCCAACUGUGGUUCCGAUUUGUCAAAAAUCUCAUCAAUUUGAGGUUGGCCAUCGUAGAAUGCGUAGACCCUUUUCUGUUGAUGAAGUGGAAGCCCUUGUUCAUGCAGUUGAAACACUUGGUCCUGGAAGGUGGCGUGAUGUUAAACUACGAGCAUUUGACAAUGUGAAGCAUCGUACUUAUGUUGAUUUGAAGAUUUUAUUUUCCAGAAGACAACAAGUUUUUGUAACAUUUGUAGGACAAGUGGAAAACAUUAGUGCACACAGCAAAAAUAUCCCCUCACCAAAGGAGAGGAGAACAAGUUCCUCAACAACUUCUGGACAGAGUCCUCACAGCCCUUGCUUAUUGGUCUCAACAACACCAACAAAUCAAACAUCAUCCCCCAAAAACUUGCCUUCUUCAACAAAACCUUCCUACUACUAAAUCCAUGUAAAUCUUCCUUACCCUUUUUUCUAAGAAAGCAAUUCUGUACAAAAAGAAAAAAAAUGUAAUUACUAGGAAAAAAAAGUUGUAAAUUUGCUUUGUUCUGGCUUAAAACUAGGCUCGUUUGUACACUUUAUUGCAUGCAGUGGCUGGCUCGUCGUGUAAAUUACUAUGAUCCAAUAAGAGUGUGUCAAUAGAAAUUGAUCUAUUCCUCAGUA